AUGCUGCAGGAUAAAAGAGGCCAUGGUGACGCUUUUGAAGAAGAAACGCAACAUGAAGAAUUGUCCGUAUCCAAAAGGCUAAGGACUAGUCCUGAUCAACCCGCCAUAGGCCCUGGUAGCGAUGACUCAACUAGAAAUAGCUCCAUUCCCAAGGAUAACCUCGAAUUCGAGGUGUUACAGAAGUAUCGGGAGAUGGACAAAGAUUUCUCGAAAUUGAAAGCCAUGACUAUGCGUGGAGAUGGUGAUAUUUCCACGGUCUUAAAUAGUCUGUCAACUUUAAAUCAAUUAUUCAAUAACGUUCAAAUUGUGAACAACCAUGCCAACACCACUGACUCCACACAUACACAUAACAACAACAACAACAAUAAUAAUAAUAAUAAUAUUUUCGCAUAUGAUUCAAGAGCCAUUGUCAAUAUUAGUGAAUUAACACAGUUAAAUGUUAAGAACCUGCAGUUGGGUGAAAUUAAAUCGAUGCUGAACUUAAAUGAUCUAAUUUUAUUUAUUAAACGGUAUCUACUAAAAGAGUAUCUAAAUCAAAAUAAUAUUAUAAUAUCAGAUACUUCAUUAAGUGAUAUUGAGGAUGACCCAAAAAUCGGUCAAUCCAACCGCGGUAGCAAUGAGGAUACAGAGAAUGUGGAGGAAGGGAAAGGGGAGGAGGAGGAAGAGGAUCAAUAUACUGACCCAAUAUCAAGGAAUCUCCAAAAGCAUGUUAGAAGACAACAAUAUUUAGAACAAUUCGAUAAAUUUAAUAAAUUCAAUCAGUUCAAUUGGUUCAAAAUGGGAUCCAUCUUUAAAAAUUAUAACCAGUCGAUAACUGUAACCGAUCAUUUACUAGGUCCAUUCUCUUUGGAAAGAAAGAAAAGAUCACUUAAUAAUAAUAGACGUUCUUUAAAUAAUGAACAAGAUCAAUUAUUAAAUCCUGCAAGUCGACAGACCGCGGAAAAUGUCACAAAGGAUGAUUUAAUAAAUAACCAAGAUUUGACCACCCCAGAGCAAGUCAUUAAGUGUUAUAAAUUGUUGUUAAGUAAAGUUGGUUACAAUUCUAAGAUCUCAUUAUUUAAAUUCAUUUUAAACCCGAAUUCUUUUGCUAAAAGUGUUGAAAAUCUAUUCUAUACAAGCUUUUUAAUCAAAGAUGGUAGAUUGAUACUUGAACCUGGUGACAAUGACAGUGAUCAAGGCUUUCCAGUACUUAGAAUAAAACCUGAUUUAAAGGAUUUAACUGAGGAAGAAAGAGAAAUUGAAAGACAGAAAAGAUCGGAUGCUCAACAGAAUCACAUAAUAUUCCAAUUAGAUAUGGAAACAUGGCAAAAAUUAAUAAAAAAAUUUGAUAUUACUGAAAGUUUCAUACCCUAA